CCUGCUCGCGAGCCGCGCACGCGCGGUGACGGUAGGAUGGCGGAGUUGGUACCUUUUGCGGUUCCCACAGGGAGUGACAAAACCUUGCUUGUGUGGGAACUGAGCUCUGGACCCACGGCCGAGGCCUUGCAACAUUCUCUGUUCACAGUCUUCUCCCAGUUCGGCCUUCUGUAUUUGGUCCGAGUCUUCCCAAACGCAGCAGUGGCCGGUCCUGGAUUCUAUGCCAUCAUCAAGUUUUAUUCAGCAAGGGAUGCUCACAGAGCCCAAAAGGCAUGCAACCAGAAGCAGCUUUUCCAGAAAUCUCCAGUGAAGAUUCGUCUUGGCACCCAACAUAAGGCAAUUCAACACAACGCCCUUGCCCUGAACAGCUCCAGAUGUCAGGAAUUGGCAAAUUACUACUUUGGUUUCAAUGGAUGGUCAAAAAGGAUCAUCAAGCUUCAGGAUCUUUCUGACCCUGAAGAAGAAAGGGAAAAUGAAGAUAUUAUGGCACCUCUUCAGAAGCAAAGUCUGAAGUUCUUCUGUGCUUUAGAGGUGGUGUUGCCAUCCUACGAGUGCAGAAGUCCAGGAGUUGGCAUGGCUGAGGAACCUUUGGAUAACUUGGAAGAAGGGCCAUUAUCACUCCUUAUGAAAAGGAAGAAAACCCAGAAGCUUGCUAUUCAGAAGGCUAUGACAGAUGCAUUCCAGAAAUUGCAGAUUGUGGUUUUAGAAAGUGGUAAAAUAGCUGUGGCGUAUAGAUCCUGUGAAGAGGUCACAGAUGCUAGAACUGAAGAGGAACUACAGGAUUUAAUUCAAGUCAGCUGCUUUUCCUGGAAGCCGUGUGGCCAAGGAGAGGAAGAAUGCCUCUCAGACUUCAGCUUUGAGGAGGAAGAGUUCACAGUGCCAGAACUGGCCUAGCACUAAUCAAUUUCCUGGAAUGCUUGGCUCUGGAGCUUCCUUGGGAAGCUCUGCAUCCCCUUCCACUCCUCCCCCAACCCCUGGGCUGCCAGCGUCCAGGGCCAUUUAGGUCUGCAGCCCAAAUCCUGCCUGGUUGCACGGAGCCAGGAGGGGCUGGGGGAGGCUGGGGAGAGGGCCCGGCCGGAGGUCACUGUCACCUGUGCGAGAGGAAGGAUGGCUUGGUUUGCGCCCUGGUGACUCUGGGGAAAAGGCGCACUCAGAUGGCGCAGAUUGGUUCGAACCUAAUAAA